UGGAAGGCAUCAUCACUCCAGAUUGAUGAAGAUGCGGGAAUAUAUAUGGGAUACUACGCCCGCAUUUCUCUGUAUUACUAUGAUGAUAACAUAGAUUUGGAGUACAAGGGUCUAUCUAUGGAGCAAGCGAAGAUCCUCAAUUCCUACGCUACCAUUGAUUUUUCAGGGAAUGGACUUGAAGGACAGAUUCCUGAAUCUAUUGGUCUCUUGAGGAAAUUGAUUGCACUCAAUUUAUCCAACAAUGCCUUCACAGGACACAUUCCUCUGUCAUUGUCAAAUGUUUCAGAGCUUGAGUCAUUAGAUCUAUCUGGCAACCAACUCUCAGGGACUAUUCCUAAAGGACUUGGAAGCCUCUCAUUUCUGGAGUACAUAAGUGUGGCUCAUAACCAACUCAAGGGUGAAAUACCACAAGGAACACAGAUCACAGGGCAGCCUAAAUCCUCCUUUGAAGGGAAUGCAGGGCUUUGUGGUCUUCCUCUCGAACAAAGUUGCUUCGGGACUAAUGCACCGCCGAUGCAACAAUCAGAGGAAGAAAAAGAAGAAGAAGAAGAAGAAGAAGAAAACGUGUUGAACUGGGAAGCAACGGCCAUAGGGUAUGGAACCGGACUGUUGCUUGGAUUGGCUAUAGGUCAUGUCAUCGCUUCAUUCAAGCCGGAGUGGCUUGUCAAGAUAAUUGGUAUGUCUAAACGCAGAAACCGUUAGGAUCAUUUUGGGUUUUAUGUUUGAUCUUUGAAUGCAUGUCAAUCCGUUGUUGUUUUAGCAAAUAUGUCAUAGGCACUGCUUCGUACA